GCGAGGACACGGUCGCUCUCCACUAACUCGUCCUUGACUCGCUCACUCAAGGCUGAUGUAAACAGAACCGGUUUGUCGCGUCUAUCUUUCUCAAUCAUCGCCUUAGUGCAAUUGCGUCUUACUCCUCUUUGUGAAGUGUUCGUUACCGGCAGUUUUUGCAUAUACGGAAACUUAUGAUUUCUUAAGUUGUAAUUCUUAUUUACUUAUUUUUUUUAGUUUGUCUUAAUUAGCCAGUGAUAAGUCCGCGUGUAAUUCUUAACAUACAUAAGAGUGGUUCGCGUCCUCCUGAAUCCUAUGCCCAGACUAAAGGGAGCACAAGGGGACAAGUAAUGGGGCACGUUGUCGCCGGCCCCGUGCGUGCGUACAUUGACUUUGGUACACGUGACGAUGCCUCCCACCCGCGCCGUACUGUAAUAGUGCCUCCGUGUGCCGAGAUGGUCUUGCCGCGUGUGCUGGUGCUUCUCCUGGUGUGUUGCUGCCUGGCGACUGCAGGUGCAAUAACAGGGGUGAGGACAUCCAAUGCCCCUGCCGGCCCGAUGUUGGUGGAGCCGCCCCCCGGAGUGGUGACAUUUACUAACAGCUCCGGGGCUUCAGUGGCAUGCCUGGCGAGAGGCGAUCCUCCCCCGCAAGUGGCCUGGCUCAACCUCGACCACUCCCCAGUCUCCAACAUACCAGGCGUGAGGGAGGUCCUGAACAACGGGUCCAUGGUGGUGUGGCCCUUCAGCGGCACCGAUUAUAGACAAGACGUGCACGCGGCUGUCUACCAAUGCCGUGUCUCCAAUCCUGUGGGAGUGGUCCUGGCGCCCCCUACCACUCUACGGGCAGUGGUGGUACAGGAGUUCGAGGUUCGCGUGUAUGACGAGUAUGUGAUCCGGGGCAACACAGCCGUCCUUUGCUGCGUGGUGCCGCCCUUUGUCCGCGAUCUGGUAACAGUGACCGCUUGGGUACGAGACCACGCCCAUCACAUCUACCCUUCCCUGCACGGCGACGGGAAGUACCAGGCUCUCCUUGAUGGCCGCCUUCUCGUGCACAAUGUGAAGGCAGGGGAUUCCUACUCCACCUACCGCUGCCGAGUCCUGCACACCCUCACCUCAACCACCGCAGCCUCCAACAUCGCCCGGAUUAUCGUCAGUGACCCCCGGGAUAGGCAGGCCCCGAAAAUGGUUACGGAAUCUGGCACGGUCAAAGUCACGGAAUCCAAGCCUCUGGUGCUGCCCUGUGUCGCCCACGCCCAUCCCCCGCCCCAGUACAGAUGGUGGCAGGAACUUGGGGGUGAGAAAGUACCAAUCAGUAGCAGCACCACAGCAGUAGUGGGUGGGUCGAGUGGACGGCUGGGUGCUGAUGUGGGUGGAGAUUGGAGGAAGAUCGGCGGGGGCGUGCUGCUCCUCGACCCAGCAAGCCACGGUUUUGGGGAGGAUGCCGCCAAGCUUGUGUGUGAGGCUUCCAACGAGGCGGGGACAGCCACAAUGGAGGUGACCGUGGAGAGAGUGACGCCGCUCACUACGCACCUGACACCUCGAGUGCUCGUGGUGGAUGCUGGCGGGGUAGGAGUGUUCCGGUGUCAAGUGUCGGGUCCUCACUCCAGCGCCUCGCCCCACCCACAGCCCACCAUCACCUGGUACAAAGAUGGGCACGUGAUUAGCGCGGCUGGCAGAAUCUCCAUCACUGAGGGGGACGUAGUGCUGGAAGUGCGAGGCGUGGGCAGGGCGGAUGCAGGCAUGUACCAGUGCUUUGUACGAGGUGACGAGGACACGAUGCAGGACGCCGCUGAGCUCCGCCUUGGUGCCUCGCCGCCUGAGCUGGAGUACAAAUUUAUCACCCAAACACUCACGCCGGGGCCAAGUGUCUCUCUCAAGUGCAUUGCGUCAGGCACCCCAACACCCACCAUCUCCUGGGCUCUGGACGGCUUCCCCCUGCCUCAGAACGAACGGCUCGUGGUUGGGCAGUACGUCAACGUGCACGGAAAGGUGAUCAGCCACGUCAACAUAACAAGAGUGAGAGUCGAGGAUGGCGGCCGCUAUUCCUGCACGGCAACCAACACCGCCGCCGCAGUGGUGCACUCCGCCCCGCUACAUGUCUACGGUCGGCCUCACGUAAGACCCAUGGGCCCCGUCUCAGCAGUGGCAGGGGAGACUUUCCGUGUGCAGUGUCCCGUUGCAGGCUUCCCUAUCACGUCCAUCACUUGGGCCAAAGGCGGACGAGUGCUGCCGAUCAACCGCCGCCAGCUAGUGUCUGAGGCUGGCGAGUUAACGAUCAACCAGGUGAGUCGCGGCGCUGACCAAGGGGAGUACACCUGCACGGCCACGAACAAGCAGGGUCACGCCUCUUCGCAGUCUCUACCUCUUCGUGUCGUCGAGCCGCCGCAAGUGUCGCAGUUCACCCUCCCCGAGUCUCUCCGUGCCGGAUCUCGAGUGGCCGUACAGUGUGUGGUUGUGCAGGGUGACCCUCCCGUCACCCUGGCCUGGCUACACAACGGAGCCCCGGCCCCCUCUACGCCUGGGGUCACCGUCACGCCCCUGGGGCAAUACGUUCUGGCGCUGGUCAUCGAGAGGCUGCGGCAGGAACACUCCGGGAAUUACACCUGCCAGGCCAGCUCCCCCGCCGCCACCUCGGCACACUCCGCCACGCUCAGAGUUCACGUGCCGGCCAGGUGGGUGAAGGAGCCUCGAGACGUGAGUGUGAUUCGAGGGGAGGAUGCCAUUCUCACCUGCCAGGCAACCGGCUUCCCAGAGCCCACCGUUACCUGGAGAAGAGCUCGGCCAGGGCCAGCAAAGGGCAUGUACAGCAGCGUGGAUGUUGACGUGGGUGUGAGUCUGCCUCUGAGUCGAUCUUGGGGCAACGGGACACUGGUGGUGGGCUCAGUGACAGAGGAGGCAGAAGGGGACUACCUGUGCGAGGCUAAUAAUGGAGUGGGGACCGGCCUCUCGCAAAUCAUCAACUUACAAGUGCACGCGCCGCCAGUGGUGAGCGGGGACGGCCGGGUGGAGGCACGGCGGGGCGAAAAUGUCAAGCUGCACUGUGAGGCUCGAGGGGACCCGCCCAUCAGUCUCACUGUGGCCAGGGACGGCAAACCCCUCAACACCAACGACUACAGGUACAACGUGGAGGUGAUGGACGGGGCGGAGGUGCGGCCUGGCGGGGUGAGAGCCGAGGUGAGGAUAACGAACGUGGCACCGCAAGACUCCUCGGUUAUCGCCUGCACCGCCACUAACACCUACGGCAGCCACACGCACCACAUGGAGCUGAGGGUGCAAGACGCCCCUGAAGCGCCGCGAGACCUGAGGGUGAGUCGGGAGGGCAGCAGGUCGGCUACCGUCACGUGGGCGGCGCCUCCCUCCCCCAACACGCCGAUCACUCACUAUGUCAUUCACCUGAAGCCCCAGAGCGCCUCGUGGGACAGCGUGAGCACCCGCCAGCUGAGGGCAGAGGGCGGCACCACUUCGGCAGUCCUCAACGACCUCCUGCCCGCCAAGGUGUACCAGAUCCGCGUGGUGGCCGUGAACAGUGUUGGGGAGUCUCCAUCCUCUGAGCCGCUAACGUUACGCACGGAAGGAGAGGCCCCAGGCGCGGCUCCCAUCAAGGUGCGAGCAGUGGGCGUCACUUCCAGGCAGGUAAAGCUCACCUGGGCACCCCCUGACCCUGACACCUGGAACGGCCAACUCAUGGGGUACUACGUGGGCCACAGACUGGAGGGGAUCAUGAAAAGCGGGCGAUCCUUCAGUUUUGACACGGUAGGGAUGACUCCAGGAGCGAACGAGGAGGCUUACAUAGUGGACGGUCUUGAACGAUAUACCCGCUACAUCUUCGUCCUCCAAGCUUUCAAUGCCAAGGGUCCAGGUCCUCUCUCUACUGAGGUGUCCGCCACUACCCUGGAGGACGUACCCGAGGCGCCACCUGGGGACGUGACCUGCGUAGCCCUCACCUCCACGCGUCUAGAGGUGUCCUGGUCCCCGCCCCCUACUGAGUUGAGCCACGGCCGCAUCACCUCCUACACCCUCACCUACACGCCCAUGGACGACCACACGGGUCUUCCCGCUGGCGAGUCUCGGGUGGUAAAUGGGCCGAGCGCCACCAUUGGGGACCUGGAAAGGCACACGAACUACUCUGUGAGUGUUGCCGCCGCCACAAGUGCUGGGGUGGGCGCCGCCUCCCGUCCCAUCAACUGCGCCACUGAAGAGGAUGUGCCGCAAGCUCCGUCCAGUAUCAAGGCGGUGGUGGCCGGGGCCAACAGCAUCGUGGUGGCUUGGUCAUUGCCCGGCAGGACUCACGGCGUCAUCACCAAGUACCUGCUGUAUAUUCGAGCACCGCCUGAAAGGGAUCCCAUCAGGCGGAUAUUACCUCCCCAGAAUCGCUGGCUUGAAGUGACGGACCUGGAACCGAGGAUGCGAUAUGAGUUUUGGGUCGCGGCGGCCACUAGAGUUGGAGAGGGACCCGCCUCGCCUGUGGUGUCCGCGACGCCUACAGAUACAGUGGGAGCAGGAAUACACAGCGUGGGAGGGGACGUGCGGGCCGCCAAAGGGACGGAUGUGAUAUUGGUAUGUCCUCACGUGGGUGAACCUGAGCCCACCAUCACCUGGCGCCGCAAUAACGCUCCCGUCACCAGGGAGACCAGGUACGAGCUGCAGCCUGACGGAGGACUGCUGCUGCGGGACUGUCAACGAGCGGACUCUGGGAACUACACCUGUCACGCCUCCAAUAGACACGGCUCAGACCACAUCCUCUACACCCUCGCCGUGAUAGUUCCCCCUGGCGCGGCUCUCCUCCACUCCCUGGGGUCUACGUCCACCACGGUGACGGUGUCGUGGCGCUCCAUGGAUGACGGCGGCGCCCCCAUCAGGAAACUAACACUCACGUGGCGCUCAGACCCGGGCGAGUGGCGGGAGGUGACCCUGGCGCGGCACCUCACACAGUACACGUUGCGGGACCUCACCUGUGGCACUGUGUAUCACCUGUACCUCACUGCCCAUAACAAGAUUGGUCCCGGAGCAGCGAGUGACGUCAUCACGGUGCGCACCAAAGGCAACAGGCCAGCCUCACCUCCCCAGCACCGCCUGGUUGCCGUUAACGCCUCGGCGGCCACCAUACGCCUCUCCUCCUGGGCUGAUAAACACUGCCCGAUCACCGCCUUCGUCGUCAAGCUCAGGCCGUCCACGAGCAGAGAGUGGCAGAUCGUGAGUGGCCGCCUGCCGGGGAAGCAAGCCGAGUACACAAUGGGUGACCUGAUGCCCUCCACGCCCUACGAGCUCAGCCUCACCGCCACCAACCCGGCAGGAGACACCACCACCACCUACUCCUUCACCACGCACAGGAUCAUGGGAGACCGCCUGCAGGAGGGAAUGGGACCUAUUGGGGGUGGGAUGCUCGGGUCUCCAGGAGGUCGCGGCCCAUCACCAGAGGACGUGUUCACUGACCCAGCCUUCAUUGUCCCCAUCGUCAUCUCCUGCAUCGCCCUCGUUUCUAUUAUCAUCGCCAUCACACUCUGCCUCAAGAGACGGCACGAAGGUGGAGGCCAAGGCGAGGAAGGUGACCCGUCUCUCAACCCUGCAGCGGAGAAUAAGAGCAACCUAGCAGCGCGGGAGCAGUACUACGCCACCGUCAGGAAACCGGCGCCCUCCCCCAUACACGACGUCAACGCCUUGGAGAGGAUACCAGAAUACGCAGAAGACAUAUACCCUUACGCCACUUUCCAAAUCCAGCGUCAGGAAGACUCCAUCUCCACGCACUUCCAGACCUUUGUGUAUCAAGACCCCCGCAGGGCUACUGUGGAGACCCUGGCCUAUAGGAAGGGAGGUAACGGGAAUGGCGAGGGAAGAAGUGGAAGAGAAGGCGGCGGUGGAGGAGGUGGUGGUGGAGGCGGAGCAGGAAGAGGAGGAGGUGGAGGUGGAGGAGGAACACCUGGUUUGGGAGGAAAGGGUGGAGGACAAGGA